GCAGGGGCGGGGCGGGGCGGGCGCGGCUGCAGAGCUGUCGGGCGCGGGGCGUGCCGGUGGAAGCUAUGCUCGGCAGGUCGGGCUACCGGGCGCUGCCCCUCGGGGACUUCGACCGCUUCCAGCAGUCGAGCUUCGGCUUCCUGGGCGCGCAGAAGGGCUGUCUGUCCCCGGAGCGGGGCGCCGGGGGGCCUGGGCCCGAUGCGCCCCAGAGCUGGCCAUCCUGCCUCUGCCACGGCGUCAUCAGUUUCCUGGGGUUCUUGCUGCUGCUGAUCACCUUCCCCGUUUCUGGUUGGUUUGCCCUGAAGAUCGUACCCACCUAUGAAAGGAUGAUCGUGUUCCGGCUGGGCCGGAUUCGCACCCCGCAGGGGCCGGGCAUGGUUCUGCUCCUGCCCUUUAUCGACUCGUUCCAGAGGGUGGAUCUGAGGACACGAGCUUUCAACGUCCCCCCGUGCAAGUUGGCCUCUAAGGACGGGGCUGUGCUGUCUGUGGGGGCCGACGUCCAGUUCCGCAUCUGGGACCCCGUGCUGUCGGUGAUGACCGUGAAGGACCUCAACACGGCCACGCGCAUGACGGCCCAGAACGCCAUGACCAAGGCCCUGCUGAAGCGACCCCUGCGAGAGAUCCAGAUGGAGAAGCUCAAGAUCAGUGACCAGCUCCUGCUGGAGAUCAACGACGUGACCAGGGCCUGGGGCCUGGAGGUGGACCGCGUGGAGCUGGCCGUGGAGGCCGUGCUGCAGCCGCCCCCCGACGGCCCGGCGGGGCCCAGCCUGGACGGCGCCCUCCAGCAGCUGGCCCUGCACCUCCUGGGGGGCAGCCUGUCACCAUCACCGGGGACGGGAGGCGCCCCCCCUCCAGGACCAGACACCUUGGAGCUGGUGAAUGAAGUGGAGCCGCCAGGGACCGGGCCCAGCCCCCCACCGCCUGUGGCCGAGGGACUGCUGUCCGCCCUGCGGCCCUUCCUGUCCGAGGCACUGGUCAGCCAGGUCGGUGCCUGUUACCAGUUCAAUGUCAUCCUGCCCAGCGGCUCCCAGAGUGUCUACUUCCUGGACCUCAGCACAGGGCAGGGCCGGGUGGGGCCCGGGGCACCCGAUGGCGUCCCCGACGUGGUGGUGGAGCUGGCCGAAGCGGACCUGCAGGCCUUGCUGUGCCGGGAGCUGCGGCCCCUGGGCGCCUACAUGAGCGGGCGGCUGAAGGUGAAGGGCGACCUUGCCGUGGCCAUGAAGCUGGAGGCAGUGCUCAGGGCCCUGAAGUAGCAGCCCCUCACCCAGCAUCAAGCCAGGGGGACACCGUGGAAGAAGUGGCACUGCACCGUGGAUCCUGUUUCCGGCCCAGGCCGUGAAUGGAGACCGGGAGAUUCGGCGGAGGCCGGGAGGUGCCGAGUCAGGCUGCUCUGCCCUUCCCACCGGCCGGGGUUCCCUGGACAAGCCUUGGCAGAGGGCCCCGCCCUGAGCUGCGGACCCAGCUCGAGGAGACGUGGGCCUGCUCGGGCCAAGGCCCCAGGCCCGAGGAGGCGGACCCCAGAGGCAGCCCGGCAGUGGCAGCGCUGGCUGGGUCCUGGUGUGGGGGAGCAAAGCAUGUGGCUCCAGGCGGGGGCAGAGAGCCGGGAGGGGCAGGGAGAGGCACUGCAGCAGGGGAGAGCUGGGGAGGGUGUGGAGGGAGCGCGGUGCCUGCCCCCUCGGCCCCCCAGCAGGCCGCGCUGUCUCCCACCCCGUCUUGCAUGCUGCUGGGCCCGCGCCCAGGGCUGGGCCCUGCCGUGCUGUCCUGUACCCGGGCCCGCAGACCUUGAAUAAACGUGAUGUUGACAGUG